AUGAGUGCAGUUUCACUUGCGCUUCCACUCAGUGUGCACCAGCUUGUUUUGCAGGACUGCGGAGCAGACUGUGCUAAGUUCCAGAAGAGCGAACUGGAGUACAAAUUCAACAAGAAAGCCUUAGAAAGGCCCUAUACCUCUAAACACUCCUGGGGAAAGACCUAUGGGGAGCACAAGCGCCACUUGGAGUUUAGUCAUGACCAAUAUAAAGAGCUCAAAAAAUAUGCAGAAGAGAUUGGCAUUUUCUUCACAGCUUCUGGCAUGGAUGAGAUGGCUGUGGAAUUUCUACAUGAACUGGACGUUCCAUUUUUCAAAGUAGGAUCAGGAGAUACAAACAAUUUUCCAUAUUUGGAAAAGACUGCAAAGAAAGGCCGCCCAAUGGUGAUUUCCAGCGGGAUGCAGUCGAUGAACACAAUGCAUCAGGUUUAUCAGAUUGUGAAGCCCAUCAAUCCAAACUUCUGCUUCCUGCAAUGCACCAGUGCGUACCCGCUUCAGCCAGAGGAUGUCAAUCUCCGUGUUAUAUCGGCAUAUCAGUCAGCUUUUCCUGAUAUCCCCAUUGGCUAUUCGGGGCAUGAAACUGGUAUAGCCAUUUCAGUGGCAGCUGUUGCUAUGGGUGCUAAAGUAGUGGAACGCCAUGUGACUCUCGACAAAACAUGGAAAGGAAGUGACCACCAAGCAUCCCUGGAGCCAAAUGAACUGGCAGAGUUAGUGAAAGCCAUCCGUACUGUGGAAAAAGCAAUGGGUUCUCCAGUCAAACAACUCUUGCCCUGUGAAAUGGCUUGCAAUGAAAAGCUGGGAAAGUCUGUUGUGGCGAAAGUGACAAUUCCUGAAGGUGCAGUACUGACACUUGACAUGCUGACAGUGAAGGUGGGAGAGCCUAAGGGAUUUCCUCCAGAAGCCAUCUUUGAUCUGGUGGGCCAGAAGGUUAAAAAAAAAAUUGAAGAAGAUGAAACCAUCACUGAGCAAGCAGUGGAAAAUCAUGUCAAAAAAGUGAAGUGCUAAGCCAAAGCACUCCAUUCCAUAUUUCAUGAUGUAGUACUGCACUACUGCACAAUAUAUUUAAGUAUAGCAGCAUGGUAGAUUAGAAGAAAGGGGUAUAAUUAUGAGGAUCUAAGCAGGUUAGAAUUUUCAGGUUCUCAUUAGCAGGAAGUUUUUACAGCAAGUGGGUAUAAAUUAUGAAGAGCAGGUCUAUUGGAAAUCAUAUAGCAUUGUGU